ACAUUGGUUAAGCUGAAGAAAAAGAAACGUGGUAUACGUGUUUCCCGAGCCAUAUUUAAUUUUACUCUCGGUAGUUUAUAAGAGUACGUAUAUAGACUCGUUUUUCCGCACACCCCUGAGAAGUCACAAGUGGAACCUACUGUUACCAGCAACUAGGCUGGCGUAUAUAGUUUUGAAUUCUCGUACUACAGCAGACUAUAAGUUAGACAGCGCAGGCGAGCUCGACCAUUUGAGUUUGUCACGGACUAACACGCGUUUUUGCUUGGUUAGUUUUCUGGGAUUGUUUUUCUAAGUAAACGGCCUACAUGUAUCGAAACUACGGGAACUUUGGGCGAGGAACGGAUCAGAACUUCCCCGAUAACAGUUCUGGACCUGGGUCGAGUUCUUCUAGCGGCACUCAAGCUACCGGCACCGGUACGACUCAGCAUCAAGAGCCAAAAUAUUCAGUGGCGGGAUCCAGUCAGUUUGUCCCCACUCUAAAUGCCAUAACUUCAAACCAAGACCUACAGUGGCUGGUGCAGCCCUCUGUUUUUCCAGUGCCAGGCCCAUCCAAGCAACCUCCUUGUCACCCUUACCCCCUGCCACCAAGACUUGCAUCUGUGAACCCUCAACCCGGCCAGUCACACUUUCUCCGACCAGCAGUCAUCAGAGCUGUAGCCCCCUCAGGAAGCUCCACCAGACGCAGAAAUGAUGAACAUUUAUCACCGGAAGAACUUGAAAGGCGCAGAAUUAGAAGAGAACGAAACAAACUGGCUGCUGCUAAGUGUAGGACCCGCCGGCGUGAACUGACCGACUCACUUCAGAAUGAGACUGACCAAUUGGAAGACAAAAAGUCCUGCCUGCAGAAAGAGAUUGCUGAUCUACAGAAGGAAAAAGAAAAGCUUGAACUGGUUCUUGAGGCCCACCGUCCCAUUUGCAAAGUCCAGGACUCUGAUUCAGACUCUGACUCUAAUCCUGUUCUUCCUACCCUGUGUGGAAUUAAAAUGGAGCCAGUAGAUUCUGAAAUUCCAGGUCCCUCUAAAAAAUUCCAGAUUCCCAAAAAACAGGAGAAACCGAAGCCAAAAAUCACCAUUCCACCUCCAGCUUCGGCCUCUUCUACCAGUAUGAAUCCAGAGUGUGAUUCCCUGCACACUCCGGUCCUCAUUUCCACACCUUCUCUGACUCCAUUCACAUCUAGCCUAAUCUUCACAUAUCCUACUGCCUCUCUUGACACCAGUGCCCCUACUUCAUCACAAACAUUGGGCCUGUCUGCCUCCUCUACUAGUCAGCAUGGUACAUCCCAACCCUCCCACAACCCAGAGCCAUGUGGUAUUGCCCAUCGUCGUAGCAGCAGCAGCGGGGACCAGUCUGAUCAAUCCCUCAACUCCCCUACCAUCCUGACUAUUUAAUCUGUUUUAUCUCAUGGGAAACAAGUGCUCUGAAAGUUCACAGUUCUGUAUAAUACUAGGUUAGACAUACAUAUGUGUAAUUGGGAAUACACUAAAAAUUAUAAUGAUUGUACCAAACUUGCACCUUUAGCAGUGUCUAUUAAAACCUUUAUAGCUAAGGGUUCCUGGCAUCCUAAAGUGGUUCCAGUCAGAAGCCUCUCUGAUAGGCACAUGAUGUAGUUGGGAUCCAAUCCAAUAAAUCCUCAAGUGGUUUCCAGAUUUAUGCAGUGUAGCUUUAGUGCUUACACUGGGUAUUAAAUAAGGGCAAAUCAGUAAUUUUGCAAAGCACAUUAAAGAGGUUUUUUUUAAAUAUUCUAUUAAGAACUAAACAUUUCUUAUGAAAACCAUAGCUAUGAACUAUGAUAUGAACUACAUUGUAUACUAAAAAGUAUUUACUUCUAAUUUAUACUUUAUCCAAAACCUUUCUUAUUAGAAAUUAUUAACUGACUGCAUACUGAAAAAUGGGCAUUAGAGCCUCUCACUGUGUUAGAAUGGACACUACUUUACUAUUGCUGACAGAUUUUAUAACUUUGUUCUAUGCAAUCCAAAGCUAUGUCUAAUGUAAUUUUUUAUAUGUUUUUACAUGGUACAAUGUUUUAAGCUAUUUUGUUACAUCAUGUCUAGUUUGAUAUAUUUGUUACUUUUAUGUGAAGAUCACAAAUAUUACUGUCUGGAGCAUUUCAGUAAUAAUUCAGUUACACUGAUUCAUUCGAAUUGUUCUACUGAUGAACAGUCUUGGACAAAUAUGCACAUAAUACAACUUUUCAUUAGAUGCUAGCUAUAUAUAUAUAUAUAUAU